CCCCCCUUGGCUGGUUGUCAUUUGCACAUGCGCGAGUCUUAGUCUGUUGACGUGACUAUGACGUGACGUACAUACACACCAGGGUCACAAGCCAAAACAUUAAUUGACGUUAUAUAAACGAUUAUUAAACUGCUGGAAGCUCACAGGUAGAUAGAUACAUCUAGGACCUAACUUUUAUAACAGAAUGGAUGAGACCAUUCCUUAUGACAAAGAUGCCAACUUUCAGUUUGACAGUAAGGCAUAUCUUCAACGAUAUACUCAUCCGAUAGAAGCAUUGGGAAUUCAAGUACAGUUUCUCGAAUGUUGGCAUCAAUUCUACCGAGAUUAUCACCAAGACUUUGAUGAGUCCAGCUCUACCAUGCUGGAGUUUGGUGGAGGUCCUACGCUGUGGUCACUUAUCAGUGUUGCACCUAAUGUGAGCAGUAUCACUUUCUCUGACUAUGCAGAGACUAACAGAUCAGAGAUAGAGAUAUGGAGGGACAAUGAAUCCGGGUGUCAUGACUGGAAACCCUAUGUUGAGUAUAUUGUCCGCACCCUUGAAGGCAAUCAAGACCCGAAUGCUGUUGAUCUUCGUGUGCAAGAACUUCGCAGGAAGUUACAAAACAUCAUCUUUUGUGAUGCACACUCUGAGAAGCCACUUGGUGAAAUGCAGCAGAAAUUUGAUGUGAUUCAUACAAACCUUUGCCUUGAAAUUGUGUGUGAGGAUAAGGAUGCAUUCUAUGCUGUGUUUUCAAAAUUUCAUCAAUAUUUGAAGCCAAGAGGAUACCUUCUUUGUCUAGCUGCUUUGGAGGGGUCCUGGUACUUGUGUUGGAAUGGAGGGGGCCAGAAGUGGCACCAGCUAUACUUGCAGAGUGAAGAUCUCGAUACAGCUAUGGCGAGAUCUGGUUUCACUAUACUCUACACACGAAUUGUGCAUCCAGCUUCAACUAACCUCAUGAGUGCUACGAAGAAAUGGCGGUUUAUCGUGGCCAGAAAAAAAGACUAGCAUUGUGUGCACUGGUGUGUCCUCAGUUUUUAAUCAUUGUGUAACAUGUACAUGAUACUGACCCGAAUUUUCUUUUUUGUAACGCUAGGUAGAGAGUAUUCCGUAUUUUAUCUUUUAAUAGGC